AUGGUGAGAAAGAGGAGCCCCAUCGUCAGGAAGGCGUUGGACCUCAUCGCCCUCAGCUUCAGUACCCGCGUGGCCAAGGUCAGGCGGCCCAUCGCCCGGAAGCUGCUGCUCCUCAAGCGGACCAAAAGGUUCAACCUCCUCCGGCACUACAACUACGCCUUCAUCGCGGAGUACGAGUUCUCGCCCUCCAACUCCCCGCUCUUCCGCCGCCCUUGUGCCCCGCCGAAGAAGAGGAGCCGCUUUCUGUCGCUGCUUUGCGGCGGCGAUGGCGCGGAGUCUGUCGCGGAGGGUGGCGUGUUCCAGGAUGAGCACGAGAUGCUGUCGCCCGGCGGAGCUUUUCGGGACGAGCUUCUGUACGAUGACGAUGGAAUCGGAAGAGAACUCUCUCGUGAGUUCUCGGAGUACGGUGAUGAAGAGGACGGGACCGUGGAUCAGAGAGCAGAGAGGUUUAUAGAGAAGUUCUACGAGGAAAUGAGGAAUCAAAGGCGGGAGUCUGAUGCAGCACGCGAACAUGCUAUUUGAGUUACGCUGUGCAACUCGCUUGUGAUGGGUUACUUUGUCAUAUUUGUGCCCUUUCUCUGCAGGUGACCUUUUAGCAUCUCAGACCGUGGAGAGAUUCCAUUUGUUCUGUGUUUUCGUUUCUGGAGGUAAAAAUCUUCUCUUUCUGUAUCUUCGUUUCGAUGAAUUGAGUUCCUCUAGUUGUAAAA